CGGGCACAGGGACCGCGCGGUCCUAGGGCCCGUCCGCCCGCCCCGUCCUCCCGCCGCGCACGGUCCUAGUGCCCGCCCGCUCCCUGUGCCCGCGUGGUCUCAGUGCCCGCCCGCUCCCGGUCCCGCCCCGGUUCUUGUCCCCGCCCGCUCUCCCGGGGCUGACUGUCCCCUCUCGGCCGCCGUCGGCCCGGUGCCGUUGCCAUGGCGGCGGCGGGCGGGCGGUGCUGAGGUGCGCGGGAAGGCCCGGCCCGGCCCCGCCAUGGCGGACGAGCUGUACCUGGAGAACAUCGACGAGUUUGUCACCGACCAGAACCGCGUCGUGACAUAUAAAUGGCUGAGCUACACUCUGGGAGUCCAUGUCAAUCAGGCUAAACAGAUGCUGUAUGAUUAUGUGGAGAGGAAACGGAAGGAGAACUCAGGAGCUCAGCUUCAUGUCACCUACUUAGUAGCAGGAAACCUCCUUCAGAAUGGACACGUGUGCCACAAGGUUGCAGUAGUGAGGGAGGAUAAACUGGAAGCAAUGAAGUCUAAGCUGUCCACAAUUGCGAGUGUGCAUGUGUACAGCAUUCAGAAGGCCUUGCUCAAGGACAGCUCCCCACUCUACAACACCGACUAUGACAUUGUCAAAACAAACCUCCACAACUGCAGCAAGUUCAGUGCCAUCCACUGUGACGCCGCAGUCCCCAGGAUGCCGCCCGACAUUCCCAGAGCACAGACGUCCCUGCAGGGCAGUUCCCAGAGGGAAAAUGACACUGGUGCUCCCAGCGCUCCUGCAGUCAAUGGCCACGGGCCGCUGGCUGCCAAACACCCCUCGCAGCAGCACAAAGGGAUCAUGGGAAUGUUUGCAGCCAAAGCGGCUUCCAAACCCCAGGACACAAAUAAGGAGACCAAAGCAGAGGCCUCAGGUGUCUCCACAGCUAGCAGCAAACCACCAACAAAAAACAACAUCAUCAACAACUUCUUUGGGAAAGCUGCUAUGAAUAAACUCAAAGUCAACCCUGUGCCUGAGCAGCCAAAGGAGGAGAAAGAAGUAGUCAAGCCUUCAGUUGCUGUAGCAGAACCAGAGUCACCCCCUAAUCCUGUAGUAGAGAAACCUGGGAAGAGAACAGAGUCUGCUAGAAUUCAACAAAAGGACAGAAAAAGUAAAACGAAGCAUGUGGACAGGUCAGAUAACGAGGAGGAAAGAGAUCCCGAGAACGCAAAGAGAAAGAGGAAGCGAAUCAAACAACUUCAGUCUGACAGCAGUGAUGAGGAAGCAGAUGUCCCACCACCUCCCACACCUGAGGAAGAGAAAGCUCCAUCUCCACCACCUGUACCUGCUCUGAAAACUGAACUGGAGCCUGCAACCAUGGAGGUGUCAGCUGGAGGGAGGAAGAGGAAGCGGAAGCGUGUGCUGAAAUCCAAGAUGUUUAUUGAUGAAGAAGAAGGCUGCAUGGUGACUGAGAAGGUAUAUGAGAGUGAAUCCUGCACAGACAGUGAAGAGGAGUUCUCCAAGCCCAAGCCGCCAGCUGCACACAAACAGCCUGUGCUGCCCAUGAAGAAAGAACCAAAGGAAGAAAGGAAGACCCUGAAGAAAGGAGCAGCUCCUGCCAACAGAGCCAACAAACAGGUCUCCAUCAUGGGCUUUUUCCACAAGAAAUGAACUGGAUCUUUCUCCUGGUCCUCUUGGCAGCUUGGGAGUGUAGCUCCCUGGUUUUGUGCGUCUCUCUGCAAGCAGCUGCUGCUGCUGGGGGAGGAGGACAAUGUGCAACCCUGGGUUACAUAAGGGAUCCUGCUUACUGUGUAAGGAAGCCCUCUGGACUAGAUUUUGUAUUAGAGAAAAGUUUUUUUAUUUGUUACUGCAAUAACUUCAAUCAUCUUCACUAAGCGGUGUGGGAACUGCCAGCCAGAAGCAACAUCUAGAGGAACUCUUGGAAGACUGUUAAUCUGUUCACAUGAAAUUAUAUUUUUUUAUCUAGCCUUUCACCUGUUUGUUGCUAAGUUAGGAGAUGAGCUGUGGCAUUUUUCUCCUCUCUUUUUACACCCUCAGCUCUCCAAAUUGUUCUGAACGUUCACGUUGGGUAAAAGCCGUAACGUAGCAGGUCUUCAGACACAGGCACAAAUAUUGAACAUCUGCUUCAGCUUUAACUGAAUGAAAUGAAUUUAAUUUCUCCCCUAAGACUGGUAAAUAGUUUUUGCCCUGCCUUUCAUAACCUUUUUUUUGGACAAAAAAGUGCGUAUAAAACCCUCUUACUCUUUUCUUCCUUGAAUGUAUCCCCUGUAAGCUGCUCAGAUGCCUAAUUAUAGACCAGGACACUGUUGGUGCUCUGGCUUGACAAAAACAGCUUUGAGACUUCCCACCCAAUUGGCUGCAGAGGAAUUGGAGGAAGGCUUUGCUGUUGUUGGGAAAGCAACUGGAUCUUUAACCUUGAAGGCUGAUGAGUGAGAGGGGAGAGUGAUUAGAGGGCACUGCUGGUAACACCAGGCAGGCACCUGCUGCAUUUUGGGGUUGGUAGGUUUUGGGUUGCCUGAAGUGGUUUUUACAGGCAUAACCCAGACAAGAGAAGAGUUUUCUGGGACACCUCAUCAUCUGCCUGCUGAAGGCAGUGUGUCACAGCACAUGGUCCUGAGGAACCUGGUUAAUGGAGAGGAGUAAAUCACCAUGGGCCUGUAAAUCAGAAAGGAGCUGUUGUUUUGGGUACCUCCUGCUUUUCUGGUGCUUCAGUUGAUAGACAGAUGUAAAAAACCAGAUUUUCCCGAGGGAUUGGUGCUGAGCAUUUCUGAAGCUUGGGCCAGUGAGUGCUCCCAAACCAAUGUCCAACCAGUGGUUGGUUGAGUGGUGUGAGCCUGAUAUAUGUAUGGAUAUGGAUGUACACGCUGGUUUAUAAAGGGUUUGUGGUUGGCAGAGAGAUAUAAUCUAGAGACUGUGACAAUGAAACAAAUGCCACCCAGCUGAAAAUGUCCUGACCUGUGGCCAGUCAAAAGGCCAACUGAGUGUGUUUACAGUCAUUCUGACCUGGAGAUUGGGUUGGGGACUGGGGAAAUCCCAGCACACACCAGUUGUGACCAGUUGACUGGAUUGAAGUGAUGUCACCCAAGGCAGUUUGUACCCCCAAGAGGCUUGAGAGGAUCCCCUGCAAACCAGUGGCAUCGCUGGGUUUGUGCCCCUGCGGUGUCCCAGGGAAAGAAAAAACAAAAAGUUAACUAUUAGAAGAAAAACCCACCCUGCUGUAGUGUUUUAGUUUAUCUUGAUAGAGUAGAGGGUGCAUUUUCAAAGGUAACAAUAAGUCAAAAAUCCCAUUAAACACAGGUAUUUUUUUCUAUUGUCUGUAUUCAUUAAAUGAUUUGUCACAUCCUGGA